GCCGUGGCGGUGGCGGCGGCGGCAGCCUCAGCUCCUGCUCCCCGUGCCGCCGGCCCCAGCGCUGUCUCCCGGGCCCCCCCGGGCCCCCGGGCCUCCGAGCCCGGUGCGCGCCCUCGCGUCCCGCCGGCCCCCUCCCCCGGCUGGGCCCGGGGGAGGGUGGCGCCGUGAGCGAGCAGGGACUGGGCUCUCCUGCCCCUUCCCCUGCCCCUGGGCCGCCAGGAUGGAGGCGGGGUCGGGGCCCCCGGGCGGCCCGGGAUCAGAGAGCCCCAACCGGGCGGUGGAGUACCUGCUGGAGCUGAACAACAUCAUCGAGAGCCAGCAGCAGCUGCUGGAGACCCAGCGGCGGCGCAUCGAAGAGCUGGAGGGCCAGCUAGACCAGCUCACCCAGGAGAACCGCGACCUGCGAGAGGAGAGUCAGCUGCACCGCGGAGAGCUGCACCGGGACCCCCACGGCGCGCGGGAUAGCCCCGGCCGCGAGAGCCAGUACCAGAACCUACGUGAAACCCAGUUCCACCACCGCGAGCUGCGGGAGAGCCAGUUCCAUCAGGCGGCCCGGGACGUGGGCUACCCGAACCGGGACGGCACCUAUCAGAACCGGGAGGCUGUGUAUCGGGACAAGGAGCGGGACGCCUCCUACCCGCUCCAGGACACUACCGGCUACACAGCCCGCGAGCGCGACGUGGCCCAGUGCCACCUGCACCAUGAGAACCCAGCCCUGGGUCGCGAGCGGGGCGGCAGGGAGGCUGGGCCAGCUCACUCCGGCCGUGCCGACAAGGAAGCGGGCUACUCGGCGGCAGCUGCAGCGGCGGCAGUGGGCGUGGGGCCGCGGCCACCCCGGGAGCGGGGCCAGAUGAGCCGUGGCGCAUCCAGGAGCUCCAGCCCCGGCGCCGGCGGAGGCCACAGCACCAGUACUAGCACCAGCCCGGCUACAACCCUCCAGAGAAAAUCAGAUGGUGAAAAUUCCAGAACAGUCAGGUCCACAGCGUCUCACACUCUACACCAGUAUUGCUGUCCUACUCAGGUCCUUGACUCCAUGAAGCUUACCCCCUCAGGCAGGCUGGCAGAGAGCAGGGAAGAGGAGGAGGAGGAGGAGACUGAGGAAGAGGAAGAGGAAGACGCUCACCAGUUCUGCUGUCCGGCCUCCGAGUGCAGUAGUCCCUCCUCUCGGUAACUGAGAGGACAAGGGCCAUUUUCUAUGCAGAAGCAAAAGCCUUAACCAGCUCCCCCCCAACUCACACCCCACCCAUGCAGAUCCCCCAGGGGACCCUUUCCCCUGCUUCAGGAACCCAGAGGGGCAAGCAUCUUUGAGCCCCUUCCUGCCCACUUCCUUCUUGGAAUCCACCCCUCUCGCCCUGCCCACUGCUGUCUCCCCUGGACUCCAGCCCCUGAAAUGCAAAGAGCUGGAGGCCCAGGUCUCACUAAAAUGUGGGAGAAGCAGAGCUUGGAGCUUGAAGCUUGGAGCUUGGAGCUUGAAACCCGGACCCUCCCGCACCUGCACUUCCACUUCCCAGGCACCCUGGAGCCUGCCACUCCUGGAGAGGUCUCCAAAUGACAUCCUAAGGACCUACCUCUGUCCUCUGUGAGCACAAACAGAGAUGCAGGGUGCCUAGGGCUCAGAGGACCAGAUGGGGGCAGGACCCAGCCUGCUUAGUUCCCCGUUGUUUGCUCCCUUGCUGUGGCCACUGCAGCCAUUUCCUCCACUGCUUGAAGGCCUCGCUGCCGCCCCCUCGCCCGCUCCCCGCCAUGCCUGUAGUGCUCUGUAAAUAUGAUCAGGAGGUAAAGGCCUUUCAGAGUUUGUGUUGCUAUGUACAAAGGAAUGUCCAUCAAUAAAAGCUGAUCUCUUC